GAUACAUAACCUCUAACCCGAAAGAUAACCUCAAAUUUCAACCACAAACAAAACCGUCACAAAUUUACUUUUUCUGAUAUUUUUAUAUUUUUUCUUUUCGAUAUGGCAUCAUUCACACAAGCAGAAUUAUAUAUUCCACCAUGUAAAUAUGAAUAUUUGGACCAUACAGCAGAUGUACAAAUACAUGCUUGGGGCAAUUCCCUGAAAGAGGCAUUUGAACAAUGUGGUGUUGCCAUGUAUGGAUACAUGACGGAACUACCUUCUGUUGAAAUAAAAGAAACAGCAGAGAUUGAAGCGGAAGGACAUGACUUGGAGAGUCUAUUAUACAAAUUCCUGGAUGAACUUUUAUUUUUAUUCAGUUGUGAACCAUAUUUAAUAUGUAAAAAAUUAGAUAUAACAGAGUUUAUUGUUGAAGGAGAGGAAAUGAAAAUUAAGUGUAAAUGUUAUGGGGAAGAGUUCCAAAUUGGAAAACAUCCCCAAGGUACUGAAGUCAAAGCAAUCACAUAUUCUGCUAUGCAAAUUGUCAAUAAUCCUGAAAAGAAUGACUUCCAAGUUUUUGUUAUAAUAGAUAUUUAAUAAAAC